CACAAACUAUGGAUACUUAGUGCUAUUCGAACCUUGAACAUGAUCGCUCUUGUUUUGUUAUUCGUUGCCGCUAUUAUAUUUCUUAUUUACCUUAAUGGUAGAUACAAUGAAUUUUACUGGAAACGACGGAAUGUUGCUUUUCAUCCUCGAAACAAAGUUACUGGAGUAUUCUGGGACUUCCUAACGAAGGAUAAGGCCUUAUUUGAAAACCUGUGUGAAAUCUAUAAGGAGCAUCAACGUGAGCCAGCGGUUGGAGUUGGUUCAUUUCUGACGCCGACUUUGUAUGUUAUCGAUCCAAUUAAUAUGCAACAUGUUUUAUCAUCGGAUUUUAACUCAUUCAAUCACCGAGGACUGGAAAUUAAUGAGAGUGAUAUUCUCGCAGAUAAUAUUCUUUUUAUGAAUGGAAAUCGAUGGAAACUAAUGCGACAGAAUAUGACUCCACUAUUUACAUCUUCCAAGUUAAAAUCGAUGUACUAUAUCAUAGAUAAGAGUGCUGUAGACUUUGUAACUGAAUUAAAGAAAAAUCCUCAACUUUUAAAAGCCGAUACAUUUGACACAUUAUCUACAUUUUGCAGUGCUGCAAUUGCGGGAGCUGUGUUUGGCGUUAGCUCCAAAUCAAUUUUCGAUUCUCCUUUACUUGAUAUGGCGAGAGACGCUAUCCAACCCACUUUAAUGAAGAACCUUAAGUUUGCUCUUGGAACUUUAAGUACACCUUUAUUUAAAGCUCUUAACGUAAGGAUUUUUAAAGAUUAUGAAGAGUUCUUUAUUGGGACUAUAAAGAAAAUAUUGAGAGAACGAGAAAUUGAAAAUACUAAAAAACAUGAUUUUGCAGAUUUGUGCAUUCAAAUUCAAAAAGCUGGUAAUAUGUUUGAUAAAAGUACGGGCUUAGAGCUAAGCCCAACUGAUGAGCUGUUAGCUGCACAAGCAUUCUUUUUCUUCGUUGCUGGAGUAGAACCAACAGCAAGCGCAAUAUUUUCAACCCUAGUUGAGUUGGGACGCCAUCCGGAGUAUUUAGCGAGAGCUCAUAAAGAAAUCGAUGAAAGCUUUCAACUGAAUAACAAUAAAAUAUCUUACGAUAUCGUUAAUGAAAUGAAGUUUCUAGAUAUGGCAUUGAGUGAGGCAGUUCGUCUACAUCCACCCAUAGGGUUCUUAACAAGACAAUGCAUUAAAGACACAGUCCUUCCAGUCGGCAACAUAAAGGUAGAUAAGGGAACAAAGAUUUUCACACCUAUUUUUGAAGUCCACCACGAUGAAAAAUACUUUCCCAAUCCUGAAGUAUAUGAACCUGAAAGAUUUUCCCCAGAAAAUAAACAUAACAUAGCUGAUUCAACGUACAUGCCAUUCGGGAAAGGUAAUAGAAUUUGUGUUGGUAUGAGAUAUGCCAGUCUUCAAACUAAGGCUGGCUUGAUACAUUUAUUGCGUCACUAUUCAGUAAAAACUACUAUUAAAGAAGGAGGAAUUAGGUAUAAAAAAGAGCAGGUACAAGUGCGACUUUUUAAUGUAGAUGUAGAAUUGAUACCGAGGCAACACAUCAAGUAGUUUUUGGUAUAUAGUAAAUUUACCUCAGCCAAAAACAGAACUUUACCUUUGUAAGAGGUUUUUUAAUAACAUUAUGUAAUGAGGAAAAGUAUAUAUGAUAAUUAAAAAACUUGUGAUAUAACAUUCAUGUAUUCGAUUUUAAUUUUUAAUAAAAUGUAAAAUACAAGAAGUCGUAUCUUAUUUCAAGAUGAUCAAAAUUAGAAAAUAGCCUUGAUAUAAUAAAUUACUGAACAGGAUUCUGUCUUGAAGAAAAUAUGCUUCGUCUUUUCGUGCUUCUCGAUUACUGGUGGUUUUUUUUAUAGAACAGGGGGCAAACGGGCAUGAGGCUCAUCUGAUGUUAAGUGAUACCGACGCCCAUGGAAACUCUCAUGUAGUCUCGUGAAACGUGUCUUGUCUUGUGCCUGCUACAGCAACUCUCCAGCAGUUGCAAUAGCCGAUAUAUGUAUACUAUGUAAAUUCAAUACAAACAUUCAAUAAAAAAUCAUAAUAUGAUGCAAUUA